AUGAAGUUCAUUACCGGCAUCUUUGCAGCCUCCCUGCUAGCAGGCAGCGCCCUGGCGGCGCCUAGAGGAAGUCAGGCCCAGCGCAUCAAGACUCGCAUGCCCAGCUUCUCCCAUCUUACCCACGGUAUAGAGAAGACGGGGGUCAACGAGUUUAAGAACCUUACUCACAUCAACUCCAGCCAAGCAGAAUACAGCAACAACUGGAGCGGAGCCGUUCUAGAGGAACCGCCAUCUUCUCAAGCAACCUUCACGGCCGUAUCUGCCACUUUCACUGUUCCCAAGCCUACGGCUGGAGUGGCCUUGGGUGGCAGUGAGGGCUAUCAAGCUGCGUCCGCCUGGAUUGGUAUCGACGGGGAUACAUCCAGCAAUGCCAUCCUGCAAACGGGCGUGGAUUUCAUCCUGCAGAACGGUCAAGCGUCGUAUCAAGCGUGGUACGAAUGGCUACCAAAUACAGCAGUUAACUUUGAUCUCGACAUCAACGCCGGCGAUGUCAUCGUCGCCUAUGUACGAACAUCGGAUAACAGUCACGGCAUCGCAGUCAUCGAGAACCAUACUUCUGGGAAAAACGCAUCGAAGACGCUCAGUGCCCCGAGUGCCUCUGCGACCUUACAGGGUGUCAAUGCGGAGUGGAUCGUCGAGGACUUCGAAAUGAGCGGCGGUCUUGUCCCGAUGGUUGACUUUGGGAAGGUUACGUUCACCGGUGCUGUUGCUGAGACGAGUCAGGGGGCUGUUGGUCUGGAUGGUGCUCAUAUCCUCGACAUCAGACAGGAUGGACUGGUUUUGACGGAUGCGGAUAUCCUGAGCAGUUCAGAGGUUGUGGUUACGUAUACUGGUGGCUCCGGCACGGGUGGUUUUCCUCCCUCCCGUGGAAGUGGAUCUGGGGACAAUGGUUCUGGGGAGGGUCUAAGCGGUCCAUUAGAUCCAUUUGGCUUUGGUGAUAUUCCUGUUGUGGUUACCAUCGCUGAUGGCACCGGGGAUGUGUCAAUAGACGAAUCGUUUGUUUGA